AUGCCCGGCGGGUGGGAGACGCUCGCGGGCGCGGAGAGAGAGAUUCAAGUCCUGAAAGAGCUCGCGCUGCUGCCGUUGACGUACCCGGAGGCGUUCGCGAGGCUCGGCGUCGCUCCCGGCCGCGGGGUGCUGCUUCACGGGCCGCCGGGGACGGGGAAAACGGCGGCGGUGCGCGCGUUACUCGGCGCCGCCGCGCGAGGCCCGCGGCCCGUCUCGUUCUUCAGCCGCCGAGGCGCGGACUGCCUGGGGAAGUACCACGGCGACGCCGAGCGAGAGAUUCGCUUGCUGUUCGAAGAGGCGGAGCGAAGGCAGCCGUCGAUCAUCUUCUUCGACGAGAUCGACGGGUUGGCACCCGCGCGGACGUCGAGUUCGGACUCGAUCCACGGCUCCGUCGUCGCGACGUUGCUCGCGCUCAUGGACGGUCUGAACCCGCGCGGAAGCGUCGUCGUCGUCGCCGCGACGAACCGCCCGGACGCCGUAGACCCGGCGCUGCGGCGGCCCGGACGAUUCGAUCGCGAGUUGCACUUUUCUCUCCCCGGCCCAGCCGCGAGACGCGCGAUCUUACGUCUGCACACGCAG